UUGACUGUGUUUGAGUGUUGCAAGACGUUAUCUAGAAAAAUACAGAAUGACACAGCAGGAUUACAACAAAAACAACACAGACAAACGGCACAUGUCCUGACGACAUUCAUAACGCAGUCAAACGACACAGGCACAGACAAAUGAUCUGUCGACAUGGACAUUGCGCAAAUCAACGUAUUUUUUGGCAUAAGUGGAAGCCCAUACAAACGCUGCCAAGCUUAGUCACAAGUAACUUCCUUUUCGUGAGCAUCACUUCGCUGGAAAGCGUGUUGUAAUCGCUGUAGUGGGAGGGUGCUGACGAAGUCAUACAACCUUGAUUUUACGUGCAUGACUUUGUGCUUUAACCGCUGUAGAAAACAUCGAUCAAAGUGAACGAUGGGGGGACAGGUUUCUAUCGAAGGCGAUGUCCACGUUGUUGUUGUUGGCGGUGGUUUCGCGGGUAUAGCCGCCGGACAGCAACUGAAGUCCAUGGGGAUCCCCUUCACGCUCAUCGAUGUGCGAGACGCUUUCCACCACAACAUAGCGGCUCUGCGAGCUUCGGUCCAGAGCGGUUUUGCCCUGCAGACAUUUAUUCCCUAUUCGGAAACUUUUGGAAGUAGCUUCCGGCAGGGAUUGGUGAAGGAAGUGAACACCGAUACACGCGUAGUCAUACUGGAUGGAGAACAGGAAAUUCCAUACACCCACUUGAUCCUGUGCACUGGUACUGAGGGGACCUUUCCCGGAAGUGCCACUGCAGAGCCGUCCUACCGCACGGCCAUUCAGAAGUACGAGGACCUGGUCAAGGAAAUUCAGGCUGCAGGCUCCGUGCUGGUGGUUGGGGGCGGGUGUACGGGGGUGGAGAUGGCUGCUGAAGUCAAGACUGAAUAUCCCGAUAAAAAGGUGGUUCUGAUUCACUCCCAAAUGGAUCUGGGUGACCCGAAGCUGAUACCUUCCGUCAGACAGCAGGCCAAGGACGUUCUGUUGGAGAAGGGAGUGGAGCUUGUACUGGGAGAGAAAGUGGUGAACCUUUCUGACCUGCAAUUGAACAAAACCCAGAAGGAUAUGAAAAUCCAGACUGACAAAGGGACAGUGCUCGCAUGUGACAUUGUCAUUUGCUGCAUGGGGAGCAAGAUCAACUCCAAAGCUUACAGAUCCACACUGGGUGAGUUUAUGACAGAAAACGGGAGCCUCAAAGUUAACGAGCACCUGCAGCUGGCAGGCCUCAGCAACCUCUAUGUGAUAGGAGACUGCGCAGACAUCAAUGAGUCCAAGAUGGCAUAUCACGCGGGUCUGCAUGCGCAUGUUGCUGUCAACAACAUCUUCAACAGCCUGACCGGCAAGCCGCUCACUACCUACCAGCCAGGUAGCAUGACUAUGCUGCUGGCCAUGGGCUACAACGAUGGUGUCGGCCAAAUCUACGGCUUCUGGCUGCCCCGCUUCCUGGUGGCCCUAGUCAAGAGCAGAAGCCUACUGCUGUGGAAGAGCUGGCGCGAAAUGGGCCAGAAGGCCCCCACAGCCUGACAGCAGUCAGGCGCACAUGCUGCAGUCCUUUAUCAUGGAAAUCCAGCAUGUCUACAACAAGGGUCAAAAACUCAAAAUGCUGUCAUCCGACAGCCUGGAUCUGCAUUCUGAUUUAAGUUCAUUGUGGAGAAUUGUUUCUCAAAAAUAUGUGCUUCUAAACAAACAUUAGCUGCUUCACAACUAGCAAGAUAACUUUCAGAGAUGCAUUUUAAACUUUGAAGUCAAGGCUGCACUGUAGGUAUCUAAGCUCCAUCUGAAGUAUGUCAUCGGCAUUAUGAAGGUAUGAUUAAAAUGUUCUGAGAAUGUUCAAAGUACUGAUGCAAACUGCUACCAUUUCACCAAGUUCUAUGUUGAAAACCAGAAAUAAAAUUAGCAGCACUAUGCACUUCA